AUGCACAACAUCAAUCUUGGAUUUGCACAAGUCGCUUGUGGUUCCGCACUGCUUUUGCUGACGGAAUUGAACUUCUUUGGGGACAUUGCUGCAAUGUCAUUUCAAGACAGACUGGUUGUCGCAUACAAGGAUUUCAAAGCGUGGUGCCGGAUGAACAAAAUAUAUUGUUCACAUGGGCUUUUCACUCCAAACAGUGUAUACAAGGAAAAGACGCUAGGGGCCCAUAUAUCGAGCAAAGCAUACAACUGCAGAGUUCUGAUCUCAUGGCUUUCGUCCUGCUAUGCCAUUGUUGUUUCUGGCACCUUUGAACCUGGAAGAUUGCUGGGACUUUGGCUUUCAGAGAAUGACCAAGAAUGGCCUGAACAUGAGAUGAUCUAUCCAACAGCGAUAGCUAUGAAUGCACUCUCUCGCAACAUGUGGCUGGUGGAGACUUCUCCGCGGUACUUGACUGGUGAGCAAGCCGAAUCAAUUUACCAAACUGGAAUGCUUUUUCUCCGAACUCAUAUUCUAUUGACCCAGUUGGCUGGAAGGUUUGGCCUACUAUUUUGGGUCUUGAUACCCAAACUCCACGUAUCUGUCAAGGGGCCAAUCGACGGUGUCUUGAAAGAUCCUGUCUGA